AGUCGGUGUCUUUGUCAGCUCUGCUGCAGUUUGAUCAUUUGAACAAGAAGAAAGUUUAAUCAAUUAAAAACCUAAGGAUGGCAGUUUGGGACAAAAAGGUUCCCUGGGGCUUCCUGUUAAUGCUGACUGGUGCUGUGGGUCAGAGUGUGAACUAUCCAGCUCCUGUUUGUGCUGUGACAGGAUCGACCGUCACCCUCCUCUGCACCUUCACACCUCUGAGGUCUGUCGGUCAGGAUGGAAGAGAAGUUUCUACAGAGAUCAUCAGAGUCGUCUGGUGCCGGAACCAUCAGCUUUGUCAGGGCUCUACCCCGUCUGUGUUUGACAGCAGUUCAGGAAACAACAACCCUCGUUACAAAUACGUGGGAGACAAGAAGGGAAACUGCACUUUACAGAUCACAGAUGUACGGAAGAAAGACGAGGCAACUCUUCGCUUCAGAAUGGCUGCUAAUGACAGCAGAGCACAUUUUACUGGACAACCAGGAGUGAACGUCACAGUCUCUGAUGUUCAGAUGCAGAUAAAGAGCUCCAGAGGAGACGGAGAGCUGAGAAGAGGUGAAACCGUCACUCUGUACUGCACUGCACUCUGUACCUUCCACCAACUGGAGGUCACCUGGUACAGAGAUGGCCACGCCCUCUCAGAGCCUGGCCCCGCCCUCCAGCUCGGUCCCCUGACCACAGAGGAUUCUGGGAACUACACCUGUGGUUUGAAGACCAGCAGCAGCAGCCUCUCCCUGCCGUACAGCCUGAAGGUGGAGGAAGGAUCCAACAGUGGAUCAGUUGACCCUCUGCUGAUUGUUCGUCUGGUUCUCUUCACUCUGCACUCUGUGCUCAUCGUCAUAGCGGCAUCCGUCAUCAUCAGAAGGACGGGUUUGCAGGAAAGCAGCAGCAGAGAGCUGAUAGAUGCAACAGUGCAGCCUCCAGACUCUGACGAGGGGCUGUGACGUCCAGACGGCCGAGGCCAGACUGUCUGACACCCUCACACCAUCAUGUCGGUCCCUGUUUUACAGCAGGAAUGACUUUUUAAAUGUUCAGUGUAUUUAUGUGAAUGCAGCUGACCUCCAUUGUUUACCUGUUUUGGCAGUUUUAGUUAACAGUUUCUGGUCUUCUGGUGCAGUGUGUAAGAUUUGGCCAAAAUUUUUGAAUACAUUUAAAAAAACAUGAUCAAAAUAAAAUGGAGGGGUGCUAGUGAGCGACAGAAGAGUGAGACGCACCUUCAGAUAGCUCGUCGUCUAUCCUGUCAAUAUCUUACAGAAACACAACAGUAAGUGAGUCUGUUUACUCCUGGAAGAGUCUUAUCAGUAGUCUCAAGAGUAUCUGAAACUUACAUAACGGUAAAACCAAAAACAAUACAUUUAAUAUAUAAUAAUUACUCUUACUCCAUAAUUAGCCAAUAAUUUCGAUAAUUAUCAACGCAGACCACCACAUAUUGAUUUUCCAAAUUUUUACUAGCCUGUGUAUUUAAAAUCAUUUUUUCAUUAAGAAGCUGUAUUGAGGAGCAUAUAUUUGUGCAGCACCUCUUGGCACCGGUGCGCUCCCCCCACAA